AUGGCGACAACUUUUCCUUCUACCUCAGUGCAAUCUCCCCGCAAUUCCUUUACUCCAUUCAAACCCUACAAACCUUCUUUUAUCUGGGCCCCCAGAAGAUUUUCUCGAUUCAUCAUCCCGUCAUUUCAAACUCAACUGCCACUAUCACCACUCUGUUCCUCCAAUGACACCACCGCGGCCACGGCGGAAGACGAAAUGCCAAAAAACGUAGAGGCAAUGAGCACUGAUGUUCUUCGACGCUUUAUUAAUCUCAAUUUAGGCAACUGGAUUGGCUCUUUCCAUCAAUUUGAUUGUCAUGGGAAUUUGCUGCAUAAAAUUAGUACAAAGCUUGCGGUGGGCUCUUAUGGUGAAGAUGAACUUCUCAGUUUAAUUCAAACGUUAUACAUCAAACAACCUCCAAUUGAAGAUGGUUAUGAGCCAGAGUGGUUUGAGUACAAAAUUAAGGAAACUAACAUGUUCACUGUGGACAAAUAUCAACAGAUAGGUUUCUUUUCCAAAGAGAAGGCUUUUGCUUUGAGGUAUCAGACAGCCGGAAUGUUGGAGACUGUGUUAAGACAAGGGGUCCUAGGUGAAGAUGAUAUUGGAGAAGAAUCACCCAAAAACUUAAAGCUACCUUCUCGCCGGCCUUCUCUUGUGUGUGAAAACUGUCUUUAUUCCUUAGAGAAAAAUAUGCGAGUAAGAGCAUUUCAUAUCAUGGAUCCAAGAGGCAUUCUAGAUACGCUUCUCGUAUUCCUUGAAGAAAGAGGCAGCAAAGUGCUUGUUCAUCCUUCCUUCGACAAUUCUAAUGACAUGGACAGGAUUAAUCCCUUUUUGGGUACAUGGAAAGGUCAUUCUAGAACGAAGCGCAGUGGCGUUUACGGAGCUACAAUAGCUGAAGCAGAUACAAUAGCUGUACUCAAAAUCAAUGAGGAUGGUCAGCUCAUUCAGGAUAUUACAUCUACAUCAGACAGAAGCAAUGUUACCACUAACGUACAUUGGACAGGAUCCAUGUCCAACAACUUGGUCACAUUCGACGGUGGCUUUCAGCUGACUUUAUUACCCGGGGGCAUGUACUUGGGGUGCCCUUCUGAUGUAGCGAAGAGUGUGCAAGAAUCCAAGUCGUUCCAUUUGGAGUUUUGUUGGGUAGAGUCACCUGGCAAGAGACAGAGAUUGGUGCGGACGUACGAUGUAGAAGGCUUAGCUGUCUCGUCUACGUAUUUCUAUGAGACCAAACUAUGA